AUUGUAGUGGUUCGGUUUAUCGCGACAAAAAUGACCCACUUCGCCGUAGUCCUGUUGCUGGCUUUGGCCACCGUAUGCUUGGCAAGCCAGCAUCGUCACCUCGUCGGUGGCUGGAUGGACGUCGACCCCAAGUCUCACCCAGAGUAUUUGGAACUGGCUCACUUUGCUGUGGCGUCGCAAACUGAGGGCCUGGAAUACUACAAUACUGUCGUUACAGUUACCAAAGCAAGCCAGCAGGUAGUAGCUGGCAUGAACUACAGGCUGACGCUUAAGGUGGUCCCAUCCACUUGCAAGGUCGGCGAAGCUGAGUAUAGCAGGGAACUUUGUCUGCCACAACCUGAUGCGCCAACAAAACGAUGCGAAGCUCAACUGUACGUGGUUCCGUGGCAGAACAAGAGGCAGGUCACUUCCUUCAGAUGCUACUAGGUUUCUCGUAUAGCGGUGAACACGAGCAGCAGUUGUGACGGAAUGAAGAAAUUGACUGUUGCAACCCGUGUAUAGCCAGCAUCGAUACACAAGCUACGUUUUUACUAUAUACUUGGUGUGAGGCGUACGCACUUAGUGACGCACUAAGUACGUACUUAGUGAUAGCUGGAGCGUUUACGAACUGUCAACUUGACACUUCCUCUCUAAUAAAUUGUAUUUCCCAACUAU